ACUGAACAGCCCAAAAGCUCUAAAAUUCAGAGACCUGCUUAAAUCUUUUUUAAAACUCUUUUCUAUAAAUACUUUUAUAUUUAAAUUUGCAUAGCUUACUUUGAUUUACGGUCAAAAAGCAGACCAAGCGCAGGUUCGCUACUGGUAAAGGUGAAUUUGCCAACAGCCAGCAUAAAGGAUGGUAUAUUUGUCCACCGUUAAUGACUUUUUUGAACAAACUAAGCUCUUAGUAGAAGCAUAUCCUGAUACAACAAAAUUAACUACGCGUUAUCGAAUUGAUGAAGAUCAACAGAGUUACCUUGUUGCAAAAGCAUAUGAAAGUACAGCAGGAAUAUGCUUAAAGUUUAGAACAGACAAAGCUGCCGAGUUGAGCCGGUUAAUGCUCAUUGCAAGUAAACUUGGUUAUGUUUCUAACAAGUUGGAAAUCCCUCCUGAACCAUCUGAAACUGAACCUGCAGCUCCCAAUAAGCCUGUCGAAGUGAAGUCAGAACCUCAGGCUGCUCCUAGUAAGAGCUCCAAGAAAAAAAAGAAAGGAAAGAAGAAAUAAAAUUCAUCUUACCGAUACUUGUGUUUUUAAAGGUUUAAGUUACUCUGUUCCACUGUCUUUAUUAUUUUAAUCAUGGCUGCUUAUAACGAUUACUUACUAAAGGCUCAAUCUUUUGAUCGGUUAGAAAUCUUCCUCUGAGAAAAUGAAUCAUAUCUCUUCGAUAUAUUUUACUUUUACUAUUUGUGCUGUAUCAUGUAUCGUUCUUUCUUCCUCUACUCCUUCUGGUCGUUCGUCUGCAUUGAUUGUAUUACUCGUACUUACAUUGUAGUCAUUGGAGCACUUGAAAUAUAGAUGUUAAGGUAUUUUCUGAAACGGUUUGAAUAUUAAAUAUUAAUGAUUCAAUUCAAUUCUUUUAUUCUAUUCUAGUCCAGUUAGUGGGUACAAGAUUCACAAUAUCUUGCAAAGCUUCCUUAAGUCAAAGCUCAAAUUAUAAGUACCUUAGGCUGAAAAUAGAAAAAAGCUUUUUGAAAUGAAUUAAAUUACUUAUUUAGUGCAAUGAACACACACAUGAUCUAUUUUUAGGAGUUGUUUUAUAACCAUUUUCCCAAGUACUAGCUGACAUACCUACCUCCUAUAAGCAUGACUUUUCCGGAG